AUGAACAAGGGUCCGCAGGCGUUGAUCAACUUGGCGCGUAACACACCUUCGGCACGGCCGCCGAAGAAGAAGAGUAGGGCCAUCCCACGGCUAAAGAAGACGAAGAAAAAGGCGGAGGAGGAGGCGGACCCGGGGGCUGCAGGAGCAGGGGAGAACGACGAAGACGCCGGCCUCUAUGCUGACCCUGAGAAAAUCAUCCUGCGAGAACCGCUAUCGAGGGCGACGGCUAUGGCCUGGAACCCGAAUAUGGAGUUUGCUUGCUGGGCGGCCAUUUCGCUGGCGUCAGGGUUGGUCAAGGUUAUGGACCUCGGCGUGGAUUACCUGCCAGAGUAA